AUGAGAAGAGUCCUACUUUUAACGAUGGUGCUCGGUGUGUUUUUUCUGAAAGAAUCGCACGGUAAACCGACGGAAAUAGUGGCGGAUUCUGAUGUGCUAGAUCCAGUUGUAAUAACUGUGAAUAAUGAAUCUGAAACUGUUGCUGCGAGAAAACAGAGAUCGCCACAAUAUGGUUUGUUGGGCAAUUACGGCGAUUAUUCUGAUUACGAUGACAAUGCACCCUAUUUUCGUUUUGGACAUAAGCGAAAAUUUUCCCACAAUAAGCCUCAUGGACAUGGAUGCCGCCGUUACGGAGGGUGCGGUGGAGGAUGGCAACCGGACUACGGCAACUAUCAUCAUACCGGACAAGGAACAUCUUUUGCCUCAGCAUCAGCAGGAUCUAUAAGUGGAGGUGGUCCUUAUGGUGGAGGACAAAGCGGGGCCAAUGCACAGAGUGCGAGUUUCAAUAUCGGGCCUUUCUCAGCUUCGUUCAGCGCAGCUCAGUCUUCAUCGGGAUACAACGGAUUUUAAAUUUUUAAAAGAAGAUACUAGGAAUUGUAUGGCCCCGAAUCACCCCUAAUUUAUUUUACUACCAUCGUUUCUCCGCCAUCAUUGUGGGCCCAUUGUUUACAAACAUUCUACGUCACUAGGAACAAGUAAAUAAGCCUAACCGCGGGCGCGAGCCACCCCCUUGCCUCCUGAGAUUUCCUGAGAGAGCAAGUUUCCUUUGUCCGCGUGCCAACUACCAGAUGUUCUCCAAAAUAAAACCUGCAAAAAUAUCGCGACGUAGCGCCGCGAUUCGUGCACCAACAAGCGAGACGUAGGAUAAACCCGAAGCGAGAAGGGCAAGGAUGGAGGAAUUGCAAGACAACGUAGUGGGGAGAAGACGCCGGGUCGCGAGACGAAGGGUCGCUGGAUAAACGGCACAAAAGGAUAGGAAAGGCAAAGGGAGGAGGAAGGCCCUGUAAAGGAGCGAGGACCUGAAAUCGAGAUCCGAAAAGUCCCGUGCAAUGACCGGGGACGAGCUGCACACAGGAUCCUUCGCCGGUGCAGCGUCCUCCGCUUCAGAAUACUCUCUCUCUCCUUUUCACUCACUCCUUUCUCAGACAACCAAAGGGAACGGCGCCCUAUCGAGAACGAAUGCAGAGGAUGCGUUCGUCGCAAAUUUUUGGCAAAAUGCAAAUUAAUGUAUUUGUUGUUUAGCGAAACAUACAUUUAUGGACGGGAGGAAUAAUCAAUUUUGUAAUUUUAAUAAUUAUUGCCAGUAAAAUAUUUAUCGUUUGAAGAGUG